AUGUCACCAGUCAUUGCCCCUAGCCGCCUCCCAGACCCACUUUCUCAGCAGAUGUUGUCUUCCCCCUUGGUGUCUCCAGACAAGUUGCGAUUCAAGGCCAGCGAAUCUCGACGUUCCCUCCAGUCUUCACCCGACUCGGGCAUCCUAGCUCGCAGUUCUCAACCUCAUCCCCUCUCACGCCCUCCCAUCACGGCCUCCGCCGAGCAGUCCCAGCUCAACACGCCAGUGGACGGCCCUUCGCCGCUCCCCAUCGUGUACGCCCCUCCCGCGCAAGUGGCGGCAAUGAGACGUGGACUGCAUUCCCGGCGAUCAUCCUUCCCUCCCGGCGUCGGUUCCAGUGUGACGGGCGCAAACUCGUAUCCUUGGGUCGUCGGGGGAACGCCUCCUGCCUCGAGGGUCGUGCCCCACCCUCUUGACGCUCUGUCUGGAUAUGGGAACGAGAUCGGGCCCUACACGAACAGCGUCUCGAGCCCCGCGGCGUGGGAGAGCCUUCUCGACUUUGACAACAUCGAGACCAGUGUAAAGUCCAACCCUUUCGAGGUGGCAUCUACUAUCGAAGGCGAUCCAAUCGCUGCCAGUCCACGAAACAAGUUGUUGACUCCAAAGAAGGGCGUUGGGCUAGAGCGAACCGUAUCGAGCUCGGAGGCAUGGCGGUUGGCCGUCAACCGAGCAGUCGAUGUGGAGGGUGUCGGGCAAGUUGGCGUCGCCCGGAUCCUGUCCGAGGUUUGGAAGCGUGGGGGCCCACUCGCCGUCACCGCACAAGGACUGUGGCCAAGCAUUCUAAUGUCUCUGUCGUUGGCUUCCAACGGGAGCCCCAACAUCAGCGCCAGAACGCCAUCGGCGUCAGCUGCGCUGUCGUUACAGGCACUGUACAACGUUGCCGUCCGUCCUCACGAGCCUACCGUGUUCGCAGGGCUGCUAUCCAACUACGUUGCAUCGACAGCUCCUCUCGCGGUCAAUUCGUCCCAGGACGGGCAAGUUUAUGGAGCGUGGACCCCGACCAAGGGCAUAGGCGAGAUGGAGCUCUCGCAGUGGACAACGUUCACUCCCGGAGAGGAGUGGCCAUCGCUAUCGACGACUUUACCAUCUGGCUCAGGUCUCACCCCUAGACGAGAAUUCUCGCCCGCCCUUGGUCUCCCGCCCAUUGACAUAUCAGACCCUUUGGAGUCUGGGCCACGUCCGGAAUCACGUGGGGUGGGGGACGCGAUGACCGGCAUCGACGCCAUCUUGGCCGAGAUGGAGGAAGACGAGAGGCUGCGCGAGACUCAAAGCGGGCCAGCCAGCGACGCGCCCUCACAACCGGAUUGGACCAACUCUAACAGCACUGCGCAAGCAUCCACACAGGCAUCCCCCAUCAUGGCGACACCAAGUGACAGCGACCCAUUCAUUGCCUGCCCCAUGUCGUCGAGCAACGCCGAGGAGCCCGUCGAGAAUCUGAUCUCGUCACCGUUCGUGUCAGGUGGGUCCAUGAUGUCGUCUGCGACCUCGGCCAGCACAAGCAUCCCGUCCCUGCCUCUUGAGCCAGCCGAUUCUGGCGGAACCGUGGUCGCUGUGAAGACAACGCCCCGUCCUCGCGCGCCGAGUCUGCAAUUACCAUUGCCCGACGUGCCCUUCAUUCCGCCUCCGCCGAUGUGCAUGUUCUUCUCGCCUGCAUUCCGCGAUCUCCAGGAGGGCAAGGUGGCUGUGUGGAAGGGCGAUCUCACGAUCCGAGGGCGUGGAGGAGGACGCUUCAACAUCUUGAUUAUCGGGGAGGCAACCUCAGGCGAUCUGUGGAAGUCGCACACGUGGCCGGAAGCGCUCUCAUACCCUCCGGGCCCGGCGAUGACCGAGAGCUGCACGGCGACGAUGAUACCCGUGUCGACGUUGGCACGUGAGGGCAUGCUCCCCGUGACCAUGGGCAUGGUACUGUGCAACGACGAGAACAUCACCCCGUUUGUGAAUAUGGUCCAGGGGCUUCAUGCCGAGGGCGUUGCGUUCCACCUCCCCAUGCCGGACACAAACCUGCCAAUCGUCUUCUUGCCAGCAAAGUUCGACUCUUCCGACCCUCUCCAACGCCUCGGCGUAGCAUUCAUGACCAAGGGCGGCUUGGCGCUCAGUUCUCCAGUAGCGCCAACGAGUCGCAAGUUGUCGGGCGAGGUGGAUGCCUACUGGGCACCCGAGCGGAAGCGUCGUAGAAAGAGUACGGUCUCGAACGGUGACUCCAAGCUUGCGACGCGGCGCAACGUGCCGGUGCGGCCAAAGGCGGCCAAGCCGAGGAACUGA